AUGGCCGUGCUACGCCGUUUCCGCGUGUUGCUAUUAGGGGUUACCUUGCUCGUCGUGGCCUUUGUGCUAUUAUUCGGGCGCGCGAGACCGCCGCCGACGAGACCGGCCGUCGUACCCCCCGCUGGGGAACCCGCGAAGAGACCGCUCCCCGCAUCGUCCGCGCAUCCGGUAGACGAGUCGUGGACAUUCGACGUAGAGAGGGACGGCCUCAAUUACGGACUCUCAGAAGAACAAUGUGAGAGCGCGUUUCCCCAGCUGUACCAGGAACUCGAUCGUGCACGAGACUUCCUCUUGAGCGAAAAUCGGCUCGUCAAAGAAGCCGACGUCCGCGUCGACGCGAAGGGGGAUUAUACAGGUCUUCCACACGGCGAAUUUCAUGUUAUGAUUUCGAAUGGCGAGCUUUACGUGCUCGAGGAGAAGAAGGGCGAACCGGACCGGUCUCGCGGCCUCGCGGCUCUCGCAAGUAUGCACCGCGCCAUAACUGCCCUUCCCGACCCUCGAUCGCUUCCGAACAUCGAGUUCGUGCUCGAUAUCGAGGACCGUGCAGCCAGAGGGGAGAAGAACCCCCAGCGUAUUAGGUGGGCGUGGGCGCGCGAGGAGACCGACCCUUGGCUUUGGGUCAUGCCCGACUUCAACGGAUGGAGCUACCCCGACGAUGGAAUAGGGUCGUAUGUGCAAUUCCGCGAGGAGGUGGCGGAAUUAGAGGCGCAGUAUGCGAACGGGUGGGAUGACAAAGAGGAGAAGCUGACCUGGCGAGGGAGCUUGGCCGUUAACCGCAAGCUAAGGAUGGCGUUGGUGGACGCGUCGGCAGGGCACGACUGGAAUAACGUCAAGAUGAUCGACUGGCACGACCGCUCGAAUGUCAUGCCCAUGCGCGAAUUUUGCCGUUCUAAGUACGUCGCCCAUACCGAAGGCAAUUCCUGGAGCGGGCGACUGCGGUAUCUACACAAUUGCAACAGUGUUCCGAUCAUUCACAAACUGAACUACGUCUUCCACUAUCAGCCGCUACUGAAGGAUAGCGGGCCUCGCCAGAAUUACGUCAAAGUAAACCGCGACUGGUCGGAUCUCAAGGCGCAGAUGGAUGGCCUGAUCGCAGACCCCGAGCGAGCACGGCGGAUCGCCCUGGAAUCGACUCGGGUCUUCCGAGACCGCUACCUGACGCCGGCUGCCGAGGCCUGCUACUGGCGUCGCAUGUUCCGCAACUGGCGUGCCGUGAUGGAUUUCGAGCCGCGACGGUACGAGACCAAGUCAGACGGCACCAAAGUUAGGCGAGGUGUGAGCUGGGAGCGUUUCGCCUUCCGACAGAAGAAGACUUUCGAGCAUGGGUUUUGGGAGUCGGACGGUGGGGACCAGUGA